UCUCAUUGGGAACAAAAAAAGCCUCAAGGAUCCAUAAGGUCCGGCAUGAAGGAUUUUCCUGUACACUGAACAUUUUUCGUUUAGGAUUCAGACAGAAAGACGUGUUUUUGGAUUCCUCCAUUGGGAGGGUUUAACCCCAACCCUCUACUGAUCAAUUUUAAAUGAUUUGCCAUUUUGAGGAAGAAUCACAUUGCUGCUUGCAGCUAUAUUUUCAAUUGUAACUGUAAUGGAAUACAGUUACUUAUAUUUUAAAUAUGUAUCCCGUUACAUGUAUUCCGAUGCUCCCCAACACUGCUGUUUUUUUUUUGCAAAGAACGAUAUUUAGACUGACAGUCACAGUUGUUCCCGGCAUAGUGUUUCUGUUUCUCUCAGCGUUUGAGGGUGUGCACUCAAGUCAACCAAUCGCGAUCGGGUCGGUCAUCAUGUCUCCAGUUCACCAAACCUCUUCAACAAGUUUCAAGUGAUAGCAUUGAGGCUAAUGUUGAGGGCGCGGAGUAGUAUGAGGACGUUGAAUUAGCGAGUAAAACAAUCUAACUCAAUCUAAGGGUUUAUAGACCAAGGAAAUGACAUAAAUCACAGUAUUAUCGUUAUAUUUCAGCAGAAAGUUGAAUUAGUAUUUACUGUUCGCUAUGGCUACGCGAGAGACACGACAGUACCGAAUGAUUAUCAAGCAAGAGCAAGACGAUGAUUCUGAUACGGAGGAGUCGAAUAUUUCCUUUAAAAAACUUGAUGGACGUGAGUCACAAAUCAUCCACAGCGGUCAUUUUAUGGUAUCUUCUCCUCAUACCGAUCACCCCCCGAAGAAAGGUUACGACUUCGACACUGUUAAUAAACAAACCUGCCAGACGUAUCAUUUCGGAAAGACUAGCACAUCGCAUCUCUCCAUCGAUGCUUCUCUGACAAAGCUCUUUGAGUGCAUGACCCUUGCUUACAGUGGGAGGUUGGUGUCACCAAAAUGGAAAAACUUCAAAGGUCUCAAGCUGCUGUGGAGGGACAAGAUUCGCCUCAACAAUGCUAUCUGGAGAGCCUGGUAUAUGCAAUAUGUAGAGAAGAGACAGAAUCCUGUUUGCCAUUUUGUUACACCUCUGGAUGGCAAUAUGGACUCAGGAGUACAUCGACCAACAGAGGCAAUAGCAACAGAAGGGAAGUACUGGAAAAGGAGAAUUGAAAUAGUCAUCAGAGAGUAUCAUAAGUGGAGAACAUAUUUCAAGAAAAGGUUACAGAAGCACAAGGAUGAAGACCUUUCCAGCCUGCUCAAGGGGGCAGAGGAACAGUUUUCACUCUUUGGGGAAGUGUGUCCAGACACCUGCCGUGUCCCCUUCUGCCAGGAUGAGGAUUUCAUCGGGGGUGGUCGUCACAGCCGUGAUUCUCCAGUUCCAAUGGAGAUGGAAUCCCUCUUUGACAUGGAUGUGCUCAUGUCUGAGUUCUCAGACACACUCUUCUCGACACUGGCCUCUCAUCAACCCGUUCCCUGGCCCAAUCCCAGGGAGAUUGCCCACGCAGGGAAUGCAGAUAUGAUCCAGCCUGGCCUCAUCCCUCUGCAGCCCAAUCUGGACUUCAUGGACACCUUUGAGCCUCUACAAG